UGCCUGCUGCCUGGACUGCCUGCCCCCUUGGAUGAUGGAGCGGGAAAUGCCAGAGAAGAAGCGAGUCAGACUUGAGGAGAAUGACGAUGAGGGAGGAGAUGGACAAAGCAGUGGAGAAGAUGAGUCACGAUGUGCCGCUUCCCCUAUACAAGAGUUGGACGAAACUGAAGAAAUUGAUCGACGCGUGGACAUUUUACCAGGAGAAAUUUUGUCCGAACCAAGAACAUUGGCAACGCGAGAAUGCGACCAUCACGAGUCCCCUCCACUAUUGCCCCGAUGGGCAGAAGAGUUACGACGCGUUCCAAAACGAAGAAGAAUUGUGCAUGAUGUCAUUACCGUUGGAUCAUAUGGAGAAGCUCAGGAGUCUUAUUUUACUUUGUCUAAGCGCCUUGAAGAACCCAGAGCAGGAUAUGCCUUUGCCGCCAUCUCCUUCCACAUCUCGGGAUGUAGACGGCCGCACUUGCACGUCGUCCACGAUUGCUCGUGGAGCAACGGAACGUGUAGAUGUGUCGCCUUUGCAGGGUUCCGCAGAAGACCAAAUCGCUCUUCGGUUUGGUCUUGUAACACCGAUGGAUGGGACUAUUUCCGCCUCGUCGACUAUCUUAAUAAAGAGCCCCGCCGGUUGGAGUACCUUAAGGUGGCAGGAACCAGUUGGCUCGAACACAUUGGAGCUGAGGUAUUGGAACUCCCAAGACAUUGCAGAUGUGGAACCGCAGGAGCAGUGGAGGUAUUAUUUGGAGCAUUUCAAGGUCCAAGUGCAUGCGACGACUGCACCCGAAGUGUUGGAGGCCAUCCGAACACUUCGCAAGUAUACGCAACGGAAACUACUCCACGUGAAACCAGAAGAUGUGAGAAAGCACACCAUACAGAGGAGUCACUCUUUCUCAUCCUCUCCCAGAACCCGGUCUCGCCGCUGACGAACAUUACUCGAACUCCAAUGUGGUUAGAACGUGCGGACUUGCGAUUCAUACGCCUAGAUGACAAGCGCCUGCAACGUGCCAUUCAAGUUUUGAAUGAACAAUUGUGUAACUGGACCACUUUGGACUAUAUAUCUCUGUAUCAAAAGACUAACCCUCUGUUUGACGCACCACAUGGCAACAUUAGCCAAUAUUAUAUGGAUGUGCCGUCUUCGUUUGCAGCCAUUGUAGAGCUGUUGGAAUAUCAAUUGGGACCCGAAGUUCCAGACUUUGUAACCAACUUGUAUAACCUACUCGAAAGGCGCGUACCCAAGAAGAAUUGCAUGGAGAUUGUAUCCCCUCCAAGUGCUGGAAAAAACUUUUUCUUUGAUGCCGUUGUCAGUUUUUAUAUAAACAGGGGCACUAUACACAACUUUAACAAGUAUUCUAGUUUUCCAUUGCAAGAUGCCGUGGGCAAGCGCAUUUUGAUAUGGAACGAACCAAAUUGCGAAUCGAGCGCAUUUGAAACAAUAAAGAAAAUUUUUGGGGGUGAUGUAGACAGUGUAGCGGUAAAGUAUUCGAGCGACAUGACUGUAACACGCACUCCCGUGAUUGUUUUGAGUAACCACGAGACUUUUCCGCGCAUUCCAGCGUUUAACCACAGGAUGUUUAGGUACAGGUGGAAAACUUGUCCAGAAUUGCUAAAGUAUGACAAGAAGGUUAAUCCACUUGCGUUGAUUAAUUUAUUUGAUGCCUACCUCGACGAUCACGAGUAUACUGCCACGCGCCGUGUUCAAUAA